AUGACUUCCAUAGAGGCACAAAAGCGACAGCUGUAUAAUCGCCAAGAGUACGUUGUCGGGGCGGAGACACAGGCCAAGUACGAUGCCACAGACAUCGUCGUGGUGGGCGCGGGAGGGCUGGGGGCCGAGAUCGUGAAGAACCUCAUCCUGACAGGAGUGCGGUCUGUUACAAUUAUCGACGACGCCCCGGUCCAAAGGGCGGACCUCGGCACGAACUUCUUCCUAAAGAUCGAGGACCUCGGCAAACCGCGCGGGCUCACCGUGGCCUUGGCCGCGCGGAGGCUGAACCGCUUCGUCGAGGUCACCGCGGGGGUCGGAACGGACCCCUUCCCCGCCGCCCACGUCGUGAUUUACGCCGGACAGCCCAUCGCUGGGCUGGUGGAGGCCAACGCACGGGCCCGCCGCCACGGGGUCGGCUUCGUCGGCUGCGAAAGCCGCGGGAUCGCCGGGGGGGUGUUCGUUGACGGCGGCGACGCCUUCACCGUGGUCGACGCGGACGGCGAGGAGGCGGUGGUGUGCGUGGUGAUCGGGAUCACCCGGGACGGCAUCGUGACGCUCUACGAUCAAAAACACGAAUGCGAAGUCGGAAGCCUGGUCUACUUCACCGGGCUUCUUUCCCCGGUAAGCGCGAACUCAGGGGAGGGGAAGGGUGGGCCGCAGCGCGUGUGCGCGACGCCGCCUCGCCUUUUUGAGGUCUCCGAGGUGAUCUCGCCGCAUAUCCUCCGAGUGAAGGACUUUCCCAAUGACGCCCCGGUUAUCAUCGGCAAAAGUACCCAUCUACAUACCACCAAGAAGAGCCUCAGGCUGUCCUUUCACAACCUCCGAGAUGCCAUCAAGAAGCCUCAAUUUGUGACGAUUUUUGACGGGGAAUCCAAGUCGGGCGCAGCGAGCACCCUGCACGCCGUGUUCCGAGCUGUCACCGAGUCCGGCAUCAGGCCCGAAAGCAUCGAUGAGAUGAAAAAAGUCCUGCACACCGCGCUUGCGAUGGAUUCGAGCCUCGAUGUCGAGCUAGCCCGGAAGGUACUUGCGGUUUACACGGGAGACCUCAACCCGAUGACCUGUUUUAUCGGCGCGAUCGCCGCGCAGGAGGCCUUGAAGCUCUGCAGUGGUAAAUUUACGCCCAUCUACCAGUGGCUCUACUACGACACCCGAGAGUUGUUGAGGGAUCGGCCGGGUACCCCGGAGGAAUGGCUUGAGGCACGUCGUAGUCUAUCGGAUAGUCGCUAUAUUGGGCAGGAAAUUGUACUGGGCGCUGGUUUCCAAUCCUACAUGCAUCGACAGUGCGCCUUUAUCGUGGGUGCCGGUGCGUUGGGAUGUGAACAUAUCAAAAAUAUUGCCUUGAUGGGACUGGGUGGCGUUACGAUCACCGACAUGGAUAACAUUGAGCUGAGCAACCUUUCGCGGCAGUUCCUCUUUCGUAGUCACCACAUCGGAAGCGCGAAGUCUAUUGUCGCCGCGGCCGCGGCGCGUGAGAUCAACCCGGGCCUUCACACAACUUCCUAUGAAGAAAAGAUCGGUUCCGAGACGGAGGGGAUUUUUAAUGAGACCUUCUGGAAUUCUCAUUCCGUUGUCCUUGGUGCACUGGACAACGUGGGCAGCCGAAAGUAUGUGGACGGUCGCUGUCUUUUCUACAAGCGACCGCUUUUUGAGAGCGGAACCCUUGGGGCGAAGGGCAACAUACAGUGUGUGAUACCCUAUGUGACCGAAAGCUAUAGUAGCAGCUACGACCCGCCUGAAAAGUCGAUUCCGCUAUGCACACUGAAGAAUUUUCCUAACGCGAUCGAGCACACUAUUCAGUGGGCGCGGGAUAAAUUCCACCUUCUUUUCCAAUCCUCCCCUGGUGAUGUUAACGCGUACUUGAAGGAUCCCAAGGCUUUCGAGGUGUCGCUGGAACUCGACCCCGCCGGCGCUUCGUUGGUGCUCAAACGCGUUAACGACACCCUCCGGGGGUGGCCUACCACCCCGGAUCAUUGUAUACGUGCCGCGCGCCUUCUCUACGAAGAAUUUUUCAACGAGGUCUUCAAGCAACUGAUGUACAACAUCCCCCUUGACAAGCGGAACGAGGAUGGCGAACUUUUUUGGAGCGGAGGCAAGAAACCCCCGACACCCCAGAUCUUCAACCCGGAUGACGAAUUCGAUGCACAGUUCGUCUACCAUUGUGCGUGGCUUCUCGCGAAGGUCUUUAAUCACCCACCGCUGGAGCUCUCCGUCGACGAUGUGGCGAAAAGGGCGGCCGCCGUGGUAGUCCCCGACUUUGUACCCCGCCACGCCGUCUUCGCGACGACGGAAAAAGAAACCAAGGAUACGGCUGCGGUGCAACUCGCGGGGGAAAUUCAAAUUCAAGACCUCCCAUCACCCGCGCUCUUCACUGGAAAGACGAUGGACCCGCUGGAGUUCGAGAAAGACGACGCCACCAAUCAUCAUAUUGAGUUUAUCACGUACUGUUCGAAUCUCCGUGCGAGGGCGUACGGCAUCCCGUCCGCUGACCUCGCGUACACCAAGCGCAUCGCGGGAAAUAUCACGCCCGCGAUGGUCACGACAACCGCGUUAGUGACCGGAAUGGUGGGAUUCGAACUACUUAAAUAUCUCUACGUUCAAUAUCAGUUCGAGCGGUCCGGCAAUUCCGGGUCUACGCCUUUCAUACCCAGCCGAAACCAGGCAAAUGAGCUCCUCUCCUACUACCGCAAUGCCUUUGUGAACAUCGCGCUUCCAUUUCUCGCGUUUUCAGAUCCCAUUCUCACAGAGGUUCGUACCUACUCCGUGGACGACAAGGGCACGACAAUUUCCUGGACGGUCUGGGAUCACAUAGACAUCAACGAAGGAAAGGAAAUAUCAAUGGAGAAGCUUGUUAGCUUGCUGGAGGAGCGCUACCAUCUGUCUGUGUUCAUGCUUGCUCUUCCAAGCGGGCGCAUUGUCUAUACACAAUUUGGUGGUAAGGCGAAGGAUAAAAUAAAGCUGGUCUCUCAGAUAGCGAUAGAGAAAGGGGAGUCCUUACAGGAGGGCGAUGAUUAUUUAAACUUUGUGGGAACAGGCAUGAUUGGCGAUGAAGAAGACGUCGAUGUACCCCUCAUACGUUAUAAAUUUCAAGGAUUUUAG